CACAAUACUGUUCGUAUGUUGUUUUCGGAGUUCAUAUCACAUAGCCUUCAGUUCAAAUAAAAAUUGUGUUUACCAUUUUAAAGGAGAUAUAUAAAUCUAGUCAAAUAUGGUUGUGUGCCGGUUUUUCCAGCAAGGCGCCUGUCGCUAUGGUACAAAAUGCCACAACGAGCACUUUGAUGUCAAGCAAUGUCUCAAGACCGACAUGGAGGCCAGCCUCCAUGGGAUGUGGCCUUUCUCUGCCUACGGGCCCUUUAAGGACAAGGCCAAUUUCCCCAACUUCAUCGAGGACCAAUCCUUCGAGGAGGUUCGCUUUCUGUGCUACGAGGCCAAGCGGCAGAACAACUUCGAACAAUUCCAACAGCAGUUUAAUCGCGAGGUUUUGGAGGCCACCAACAAGAUGAAGACCAUGCUGCAGUGUUCGCCCCAGAUAUUGGACAUGAUGAUCAAGAUCCACGAGACGCCGGAGGGCGGAAGUGUGACGGCUGCCCCGCAGCAGCCCAAUAAUCCCUUUGCUGCAGCUGCUCCGGCGGCCAAUGCAUCGGCCUCCAUCUUCGGCAAGCCCGCUUUGUCUGCGGGUAAUCUUUUCGGCAAUGCCACCAGCCAAGCGCAGAAUACCAAUAGCAUUUUUGGUGGAACCAUGGCAAAUGCCAAUCCGGGCAACAGCAUUUUUGGCGGAGGAGCUGCGGCAGCCGGAGCAACAAGUGUCUUUGGACAACCGCAGCAACAGCAGCAACAGCCGGCAGCACAGGCCUUUCAAGGAGGCAACAUUUUCGCCCAGGCUCAAGUCCAAGUGCAGGCCCAGCAGCCCGGGAAUCCCAAUCCUUUCGGUGGCUUCCAACAGCAGCAACAGCAGCCUCAGGCGGCGGGACUUUUUGGCCAGGCAGCUAAUCCGAAUGCGGGAGGACUCUUUGGCCAGGCGGCUCAACAGCAGCAGCAGCAGCAGCAACCUCAACCCGGGCUAUUUGCUCAGGCAGCGGCAACCGGAUUUCCUAACCAACAACAACAAUUACAGCAGCAACAGAUGCAACAGCAGCAGCAGCAGCAACAACAGCAGAUGCAGCAACAGCAACAAUUGCAAAUGCAACAGCAGCAGAUGAUGCAGCAACAACAACAUAUGGUGCAGCAACAGCAGCAGCAACAAGCUCAGGUGGCAAACGAAGUUCAAACCACAGUUUAUAGUCGCAUGGAAGAUCUCAGCGAACAGGAAAUCGAAGCCUUCAAGUCAGAUCAGUUCUUGCCAGGCGCGUUGCCUUUUAAACCACCGCCACGAGAACUUUGCUGAGCCAACCGAGUUGCUUGUUAAUUUAUAUAUUUCGUAGAACUAAUGUUUAAUACAUCUAAUAAACUAAUGCAUCAUCA